AUGUCACUAAUUCGGGCCCUUUCCCUGGGACUUCCUACCAGUGGAUUGCUCGCUUUUGGUACAUUCUUCUAUACAACCCGUCACGUCGAGGCCGUUCAACUCUCUCCUUCCGACCCAAUUUUCCAUUCCAUAUACCACCAGAAGUAUAAUCCAAACCAAAACCCUACAAUCCAUGAUUUGCAUAUCCGAACAAUUCCAAUUUCGGAGAUUGACCUUGUGCUGUUGCAAGAUGAAGAGAGUCUGAUCCAAAGAUUUACUGGCGGAGUAUGGGCAGGAUUUGGUUUCAAAAUCCAGCGAAUUCUUCUUACAUGGUUCUACAAAAACGAAACCACGUCAUAUCAUCUCUGGCAUCCAUCCGAAAUACUGAAAUCGAAGUUUAACCCCGGAACAACAAUCACCGACGAGCUGGUUGUCUUGGAAAAAUCGAAAGACUCGGUACUCAUCCGAGGAGGUGAUAAAGUGUCCAUUGACGGCCUACGUCCACUGGACGCGUUGAUGGAACUGAGUGUGCGCGCAAAUCCAGAAGAACAGUCCAUUCAGUUUGGCUUCAAGUCAUUGUUCUUUCAAGGACUUGAUAAGACCAACAAGCUCCCUAUGCCGGCGCUUGUAGUAUGGCUACAUGAAUUGUAUGCAAAGGCAUUGUUAGAGUCCGGGGUUCGACAUGUUCUCCGAGGUUCUGAUUCAAGUAAGAAGUAA